AUGUCUGGUCCUUGUUUCAACCAACCAGUGGCCAGUGGUGAUGAGCACAUUGUGAUCCCAGUGGCUUCAAAUUUGGAUGAUGACUGGCUAGAAUCCAUAAUGAAGGAAGAACGAGAGUCCUCAUCCUCAUCCUCAAACAACACACCAAUGCCAAAGCAUAAGAAGAUACCCAAGGUCCUCAAGAUGCUUCUGCAGAUGGAAUCCAACAAGGAAUGCUACGAACCAGAGGUGGUUUCUAUUGGUCCCUACCACAAUAACCAAGCCAAGCUCCAAUCAUUUGAGAAACUAAAAAUUCGAUUCACAAAAGAGUAUGUCAAAAGUUAUAAGCCAGAAAUCUCGGCAACGACACUAUAUAAGCAGGUUGCAAAUGUGGCUAGUGAUGCAAGAAACUGCUAUGUUGACUCGACAGAAAGCUUCAAUGACGGAGCCUUCACUCGAAUGUUGUUCCUCGAUGGUUGCUUCAUCAUUCACUACAUCAACAUCUGCACGAAAAACAAAGAAGAGCAAGACAAAAUGAAGAUGAAGAUGAAGAGUCACGACAAAGCUUUCAUGCAACGUGACUUGUUCUUGCUCGAAAACCAAUUUCCUUUCAUAGUCCUCAAUGCCUUGAUGAUCAUGAACUCAGCCUUUGAAGGGAAUAAAGGAUUGAAGUUGAUUGAAAAGUUCAUUAAGACCACAAUGGCAAGGCCUCUUAAAGAUUCACUUCUAGAGAAGGUGGAAAAUUCCAUUACAAAGCAUGUUACAGACCAGAAAAGAAAGAAGCUACCAGAACCGCAAUCACAAGAACCUGCUGAUCAUCUUUUGGAGCUAUUUGGAGCAAUUGCUCUGAGCUUUGUUCAGACUUACUAUGCUGUUAACCCUAAAAAAUAG